AGGCACUUUCCGCGUUCAGAACAACUGGGAACGAGGUACUCGUGAAGCUCCGACUUCAGUUCACUUCAAAACAACUGGGAGCUCGGGAAAAACAACUCAGUCUGGGAAAAAUAAUUUUGUACGGUCAUCCAACUCCGAAUUCCAACCGGGCCUCUUUCUUUUUAUUUGACUUCCUACUUUACGAGUUCCCAGUUGUUUUGAACGCGGCAACUGUGCCUUGGCAUUUACACUGCCAUGACGUUCAAAACAACCCAUUUUUGUCUUUAUCUGUUUGUAAUGUCCGAGAACUUGGUAGUGACAUAAAAUCCUCUUUCGCAAACUAGCUACAAUGCUGCAGCCUGGAUUGAUACAGCUUUUGACAGCGAGUGAUUUGGCUGAUUUACGAAUCGACGCAAUUCCUAAAUUGCAGGUGGGCUUUAGACCGGGGAGUUUCUUCAGUUCGUUCAGAUCACAGGACGGGGAGGCGAAGUUAACGUUCAUUCCACAACAAAUACUGCUCAACAAGGACCACGAGUUGUUUGAGGAUGGGGACAUACAUAGACACCUGUACCUCCAGAACCUCUCUACCUGCCCAGCUCAUGACUCACCUACAGCCAGGCAGUGUGAGUUCAGGUGUUAUAUAUCUGGCUGUAGCCAGGUGUUCAGUACUGUGGAGGACUAUGAGCAUCACUAUAACACGCUCCACAGACACGUGUGUUCUUCCUGCCAGAGGUCGCUGCCCUCCGCUCGCCUGCUCGACAUCCACAUCCAGGAGUGGCAUGACUCGCUUUUCAGCAUUCUGGCUGAAAGGCAGGACAUGGUAGCUAACAUACAUGCACACAAACGCAUGUGCACACACACUCACUAUGUUGCUCACUCUGGCCUGGACUUGGACCAGUCUAUGCACACUGUUUCUCACUCUCUCUUCCCCCCCCCCCCCAAGUACCAGUGUCUAGUGGAGGGGUGUGGUUCGAAGUUCAGAACCAGAGAACAGAGGAAAGACCAUGUGAUCAAGAUCCAUAAGUACCCUUCUGACUUCAUGUUCGACAAGGUGAAGAGGAUCAAGAAUAUCAAAAUAGCAAAGAAUAAUAUGCUGCAGAAAGGCACAAGUAUGGAGGUGUCCAUGAGUGUGAGUGAACCUGAGGGUGUGUGUGAGGUGUUGUCUGACCAACCAGAGGAAGAGGAAUAUAUGGAGAUAAAUCACUCUCUCGAACCAGGUAUCCUGGACCCUGCCAGUAACCCAAUUAACACAGUAGAGCUGUCCACAGAUCAUGAUACUGCCCCAAUCCUCUCUGUCACCAUCCAGCCCACCACAAACCAACAGAGACCACAGCACAACAGAGAGAGACAUUCCUACAGGGUUCCUAGGACGGUGUGUUUCGGCCAGGGUUCUGUCCAAGGGUUCAGAGGUCAUGGCAGGAGGAUUUAGAGAAUCUUUAAAGGUGAUGAGUCUCAGACAGGAUGCGACCCUUGCAUCGGUCUGGUCUGGCGUGUGUUUUAAAAAUAAUACAAUAAAUCAUGUUUGUUUAACUCAA